AUGAGUCAACCAAAAGACAUUAAAGAACCUAUUGAAUUCUUAGUCCCGCCUGGAAAAACAUUAAGAAUCCAAACCAGUGAGCCAGUGAAAGAUGCUGUAUUCAUUAGUUUCAAAAACACUUGUAAUGAUCCUGAUUUCUCGAAUACAAAGGAUUAUUUGAUGAGCUUAUCAAGGAGAACUGCCUAUGAUCAUCAUGAUAUCAAUUUAUGGACAACUGGUGAAGAUCAAAUUUAUAAAGUGGUUUCAAAAGAAUCAAAUGAGAAGGGUAUUCAUAGUUUUAUAAAAGUAAAGGCUUUAAAAGAUGGUAAAGUAGAAGUUUUGGGUCAUAGAUUGAUUAAGUUGAGAGAGAAUUACGUGUCCAAAGAGGGCGUCGAUGGCUCGAAUGAUACUGAUGAAACAAAUUCUGGGUUUUCAACUGAUACUGGUGAUGAAACUGAUUCAACUUGCUCAACAUUAUCUCAUGUGAAUCUUAACCAUGACAAUGAAAAUAAUUUUGGUCCAGUGGCUAUUAUUUGUAUCAAAGAAAUUGUGAAGCUUUCUAUUAUUGAAAAUAAAUACUAUUGUGGAUAA